CGCGGGUCUGGCGGCAGCCGGUGUCAAGGGUUGUUUUUCCAGUAAUUUGGACCUUUUUGAAGCACCUGCUUGCCUAAUGCCAUGAAUAUUGCAGUGAGCAAUGAGGAAGAAAAAGCUGUCCAUUCCUGGUCAAGAAUUUCCUCUGCAGGACAGAAGGUACUGGAGGAAGCCCUCCGAGUCUUCAAUCCGAUGUCCAAGGACCUUUCAGACACAGAGACCCAGCUGGUGGCCUUCAUCCAAGGCCUGAAGGAGGAGGGCUACCAGCCCACAAUUUUGAGGAGUAAGGAUGUGUACGGGUAUAGCUCGUGCACAGCAGUCACACCAAGUCAGAUGGAAGAAAACACACAGCGCAACUGUGCCAGCACCACUGAGCCCACUCAGAGUCCAGCCAGGAACUCGGUGGCAAAAGUGGCCCCUUUUCCCACCAGCAUUCCAGUGAGCUCUUUGAAAGUCUCCAGUCGGCCAGUCUCCAAAGGGGAUUCCACAAAUCUCCUCUUGAGCUCCUUGAAGCAGACAGGAUCUGGCACAUCCAAGGCAGCAGCCGUGGGCUUCCCUACAAGCAUGUAUCCUGACGUGUAUCCAGCUAUGAGACUGUCAGUGGUUUUGGAAGCCCUGGUGCCACUGAAAACUGCAACGUCCUGUUUGGAGUCCAAGUACACACAAGGGCGUCUUGGGAUCUCUCCCUCAGACCUUAAACUCCUCAAGACUUCAAGUCCACCAAGACAGUUUUCUUCAGGCAAGAGCACUAAAAUAACCGAAGGCAAGGGGUACAAGCGUUCGGUUAAGAAAGCACCAGAUUCUGCCACCCGUGCUUUAAAGCUUCUGAAGGGACCAAAGGGUGGAGUGCUGCAGGAGAGCAACGCCUGCAAGGCCUCCGGAGUUCUCAACGGGAGAGUCACAGGCAGCUCAUCCCAGGACUGCACCACAGCACCACAGCCCAAGACCUUGAAAAUCAAAGAUAAGGAAGCUCUGUUGGGAAAAACAGAGUGGAAGGACAGCAGCGCUUACCAGGAGAGCACUGGGCAGAAGAAGAGAAGAGCUACAGAGGCAAAAGAAGCACCACAGAGGAAAAAAGCAAAUACCAUUCCUGUCCGAAAGAAAACUCGGCAGGCUCAGAGCACUUUGAACCUGCUGAAAUUCCGGACCAUCAAGGUGGGCAGCUCUUCCUCUGAUGAUGAAGUGAGGAGGAGAGCACAGAAGAUUCUUAGGGUCAACCUGUCCCCUGUGAUCCAAAUUCAGCCCUUGUCCCAAUCUCAUAGUGUUCCCUGAGUUUCUUCACUUUGUCACUUUUUUUUUGUAAGUAAGUAAAUACAAGCCCGGCACCAGAGCACAGAGAGGUUUAGGAGUGACUCUGUCUUUGGUGCCAGUAUGCUGACUUACCUGCAGACAGAGCAGCCCACUCUCAUGCUGUUACUGCCUGUCUGCCACUGCUGUGCAGAACUGGCUGCAGAAAUCCAAACGCCUGUUUGGGAGUGCAGGACGGCGACUCUGGCCUGCAUCGAUCUGAGCAGGCUGGAGAGCUCACUUCCCACCACGUGCCCCUGAACCUGCUCUUGUGCAGGGGAGAACAUAGGACUUUCUCAUGACAUUGAUGCACUGUGAUAUUGCUCUUUUUCAAGCUGUACAUUUACUGGUUUUAUUUUGAUCAAAUUUUAUAACUUUAUUAUCUAUAUAUCUAUAUAUCCAUAUAUGUGCAUAUGGCCCAGGAACUGUGGGAAGAUGCACUUCCUCCAUCCCUUUGGGAUUGGGUUUGAUAGCUUUUGUUCCUUCUUCCCUCCAGCUAGUCUUUUGUUGAAAGGUGCCAGGAUUCCUUUGUGGUUCAGUGUUGUGACAGCCUGUCCUGGGCUUCCUUGAGCAGCUCAGAGGCAGCAGUGUUGUAGCCACUUGUUUGUCUCCAGAAUGCCAAACAAUUUGGAGAAUUACCAGCUGGUAGUUUUAAUCCUGUUUUUGGUAUUACCUCUGCAUAACAGUGGGGGAGUGUCACAGGGCUGCAAGUCUGUCUGUCGUCUUUAGGCGCCUCCUCCCUUUGUGGGUAGCAGAAGUUUUGAACUCAUGGUAGGGAUUUCCCUCCGAAGAGGAUUCUUCCUCAGCACCCAGCAUUACUCUGCUGUCCUACACCCCAGGUGCAGCUAUGGAUCAUGAACUGUGACUUGGAGCCAAAAGGCUGGAAAUGUUAGCAAGAAUUGUGUAGUGUCCUGCCUACCAUGUAACUGCUUUUCUACUGCUGGGUGUUCCAGGAGCAGAUUCCAGGUGCUGGUAGAGAAGACUGUUGGUUUUGGCUGGAGUUAAACCACAACAGAGACACAGGCUGUGUUUGAAUGUAUUAGCUACAUCCUGCUAGUCCCAGAGCUCAGUGGGAUACUUGAGCCUGAGUUAAAGCAGAAAAGCGAAAAAUUUGGGAGGGCAUAUACCAGCACUUAAACAUAGAGAGUCGCUUUCUGUGGUUUGUGGGGAUGAAGCAGUAGAAGGAGAGAUGGGCACCAUGUUGUGAUGGGUGGCAGCCUUGUUUUGCUGUCAGGGAUGUUGUGAGAAGGUGUGUGGCAGGUCUGAGAGCUCUGUGUGGAAGGAGUGCAGGAGUGCAGUCCCCAGGAGGCACUGCAGAACCACUGCAGAUGGCUGCUGUCACCUCCUUGCACCAGGGGCACGCUGUCGGAUCGGAACAUGGCUCUGUGCUCCACAGGGAGGGAUCUACUAAUCCCAUGAGAAACACCUCAUUGGAGCAGUUAGUGCUGCUGCUGUCACCUGGAAGGGACAACCUGGUGUCCAGGGGAAAGGAAGAGGUGUUGAUCUGGGCUCCGUACAGCGCCACUGUAUGCUCAGAUCUCUGCAGCAAUAGUGUAUAAUCCACUCAUUCUCUCACCAGCUCAAAAUACCAGUUGUCUGACCUAGUAAUCUCUGUGAACAUUGGCUGAAGGGAUGAGCUCCCCAGGGAAGUCUCAGCUCCUUACAUUUAAGCCCCACCCCUCAAGCACCUGGUUGAAUUUCAGUGGUUUAUAAGAGGAGUU